AUUAAUCCCAUUUCCCCCUUCCGUUUCUCUCUCUCCCUCAUUUUCCUUUUCGGUUUCCUCUCUCCGCUUCGUCCCUGUCGCUCCCGACCACGAUUCGGCGCGCGAUUUCGCGACCGCCGCUCGCCGGCGACUGGUAACCGGCGAACCAGCCUCCCGCCGUCUCCGCCUCACCCGGGAGCUCCACACCCUCUCCUUCAGCGCCUCGCGCACGCAAUGGCUAGGCGAAAGAAGGCCCGGGUAGGUGACAAUUCUCCAAAGAAGGAUGAGAACAAUGAUGCAAAGGGUGCUCUGAAGCGGAAUCGCUUCUCCCCCGCUGCGAUCGUGAAGCUGUAUGAUGAUCUGACCGUAGAUAAGAAGACAGUGAUCAGGAGGAUGUUUUUGGGGAGUUUCCUUGACAUAAAAUGCGAAGUUUUGCACAACUAUUUGGUUGACUAUGUCGCUAGGUCUUAUGACAACAGCAGUCGUUCUUUCAUAUUCCCCGGACGAGGUGUCCUCCCAUUGACAGAACAAUCUGUUCAUGAAGUACUUGGAGCCCCGAAUGGCCUGGAUGGUGUUCCAUAUCACGAAGACCAUGCCUUGGAGGAUGAACUGGUUCCAGAUCUCUUUGGUAUAGGCAAUAGCAGACCCAAAGUUUCUGAUGUUGCAAAAGCCAUCAUAGCGUGUGAGGUAGCGGACGACAGGUUCAAAAGGCUUUGGUUGAUUUACGUUGUCUCCACGUGUCUUGCUCCCACAACUGAUACCAAGAUCAGCAACAAGUGUUAUCCUAUGCUGGCUUAUAUCAAUAGGAUGGAGGACUUGAAUAUGCAAAUUACUAGCCGACCUGCACAUGCACUUUUCUAAAAACAAGUUCAGGAAGGGGUGCCUCCUCUAUUGCAUGAUAUGCUAUGUAGAUGCGUUGGAUUGUGACCAUGUGGAGCUAGAAUUAGAAGAUGGGCCGUUCAGGAUCAAUGUGUGGAACAGGGUCACUGUUGAUGCCGUUGCUUGUCUUGAUGCAAAUGAACAAGAUCCAAAUUGUUUUGUCUCUUUAAAGCUUAAACCUAGAUACAGGAAGAGUACGGCCUGUUAGCGGGGUCGAUCCUUUUGUGUGCUGGAUGAAGUUGAAUGUCGAUCCCGAAUGCUCCCUUGAGACACGCACUGAAGCCGCCAAGAUGGUGACUAAAUUUUCCAUCGGCCUAAACAACAUGUUGAGUGAGCUGGUGCAAGGCUUAACCGGUCUCGUGCCGCACGCAUUAAAACGUCAUGCCACUCAUGGCAAACGGCGCAUCAACAACGGCGAUGACACGGAUGAUUCAAGUGACGAGGACGGAGAUGAUCCUGAUUCCAGCGACGACAAUGAUGCUGACAAGUUUAAGCUUGCUAGAAGGGCUGUUAUGAAAGGCAAGGGGACCAGUGCACCAGUUUCAUCGCCUGGAGUUGUACUGUCACAAAUCAACUUGCCAUCAGAUUCCGAAGGCCAAGGGGAUGAGUUGAGCCCAGCACAAGAUGACCCCCCAGAACAUGAUGAUCGUACUGACAAAGAGGAUGGGGAAAUAGUACGCGAAACUGCUUCAUCAUUGGCUAAUGUUCUCUCGCAUGUCCGGCUGUCCUGUCUUGUUGUCCAGCGUUCAGAUGAAGAAUUGAGGACGCACAAUGAAGUGAAGAAGAUUGUUGCUAGAGAGUUUGGCUUGUUGAAGGAUACAUGCGCACCGCCACCUGAGAUGCAGAAGAAAACAAUUGUAUCAGUUUUCGGUCGACGUUCACCAAGGAAAAGUGUGCCUUGGAGGAAAAACUCUAUUCCUCCAGCAUGCAAUCAAGGCGCUGAACUGCCCAUCGAGCCAACAACCCAAGCAAUGUUUGUGCCUUUCAAUGCAGCAAGCGAAACCGUCGAUGUUUCUUCUGAACCUACUACCGAGGUCGUGGAUGUUGCGAGGCAAGCAGCUUCUGAGGUUGUGGACCUGACAAGCAAACCAGAUGCGGAGGAAACAUCCGAUGCAAUGUAUUUGACACCUGAAGCAAGUGCUGAUACGCGAACAAGGAAAGCCCCCAAGAGGAAAAGUUUUGGGCCCAGAAGCGUCAUGUGAAGAGAGUAGCCACAAGGAGAUCCCCCCACUUUACACCUGAGGCGCAGCUGCUCGGUGAUGUUGAUGGCACUGUAGAAAGAGAUGGCACAAGCGUCGGCACAACAAUUGUUCUUUCUCCGGCAGCGAGGCCCAGCACCGGGGCAGGCCAUGAUGUUGUUGCAUCAUCAAAUGUUGGAGAACCAUCUAGCUCAGGUACAACUUUGGAGGCAUCAACAUCUGCACACGGCAACGAUGCUGUUGGAGGCAGCCUGCGUAGAGCCAUCAUGCUGUCACCCAGCAUGCAUCCAGAUCUUGGUCAAAGCUCUGGUUCAGCCACAAAGCCAAUUUUUAUAUCAUCUCCAAGUAUCAGUGCACAACCACUUGUCAGCAAGCUGCCAUGGAACACGGCGGGCACAUCUGUCUUUGUGCCGCCCGGAGUGAAGGAUCUUGUAGCUGGUUUGUCGGAUGCAAUAAGGAGGUCCGGCAGUUUGCCUUCUGAUGGCUCUAAAAAGAUGGCGGAAACAAGCCGUGCUUCAGUGAGGUUGUCAUCAAGGAUUGGGCGGAAUCCGUUAGAUUUCACGCCACCUUCUUUCGACCUCAUGUCGCUAACAACACCUGCAGAUGAGGCUACCCUUAUUCCAGAGAGCCAUGUACCAAAAGAUGUAUCACCGAUAUCGUUUGCUAUUCCUCGAGGGUCUCAAGCAGCUGAUCUUGACGACGAGAAGUCCCUCGAGAUUGAUCAGCUGGAUGCUGCACUGACAGGCCUUGUUUCAAAGGUCCAGUUUGCUUCUGAAGGUGAAAAAAGCAAAACACCAAAGGAAAAUCCUCACAAAACCAGGGUAAAGAGGCCUUCGCGUUUUGUGUGUUCUCCAUUUGAUGAAUCUAUUCAAGUCACUGCUGAACAACAAGAUGUGUACGACAAACUUAUGACAUGCACCACGAAGUCAAAGACCUCCAACAUCAAGACUAUGAAAAUCAUUGAUUACAAAACCAUCUUUGUCGAAACUCAAGAGCUUGCUAAUGAUGUCCAUCCGAGAGGUGAGCUCUCCAACAACCUUUGCGAAGUUGUUGUCCACUACAUGCAAGAGACUAAUAAAGUCGAGGGCAAGGUUAUUUUAACAUACCUGAUAGCAGAUUACAUGAUGACGGGCAACAACUUGCAAAUGAGGAUUAUCGCAAAUGCUUUUGAAAGGUCUAAUAAGUUUGCACUCAGCUGCCAGGACAGGAUUUACUUCCCAGUGCUGGAGAUUGUCGACAAAGAUGUUGCUGGGGGCCAUUGGUAUGCGCUAUGCCUUAACUUGGUAGCCCAGAGGUUCGAGGCUCCCGACUCAAUUCGGGAUGCUGGCAAUAUCUGCCUUGAACAUCAUGCAACUAGACUAAUAGGGAAAAUCAAAGAAGCGUGGAGUAUGUACUAUCAUAAAUCAAGUGUUCAGAUCAGGGACUACAAAUUAGUUAUUAUCGAUGUUCCCAAGCAGGGCAAUUGCAAGGACUGCGGGUUUUUCAAGCUAAGUACAUUGAGACGUGGGAUGGGCAAAACGUGCCCCAAUUGCGUGCUGCUGACAUCCCCAAGGUUAGGAAAAUCAUGGCCCACCAGUGGCUUUCUGCUGAGUUCAACAGGUGCAAAGACUGGGACUGGCAUCUAAACAACAAUAAGUGAAGGGGAUUGGGAGGGGGCAUUGCUGGCCUGGUGUCUUAAUGGUCAGCAUGCUGGAAGUAAAAGCCGGUGUUUUAUGGAGGUGAAGCCUGAAGUAUUGAUGCUGGAGAUAUAGUACUACUUUUGGUGUGUGUUGAUGCAUGUAGUUUGUAUGGACAAAACUCCGUUCAGACGCGCCCCUUGUUCAGAUGUGCUUUUUUUUAGCCCAAGUCUGUGAUGUAAUUAGGAACAAUAUUGUUGUGUGAUACAUGUGUGUGGAUUUGUCGUAAUUGUGUUCAUGUGUUUUACACCCAUGCACCAUGACUUUUGUUGUGCUGGAUUCUAUAUGAAAAAUUUCUGGAAACUCACUGGUUUAUCCCCCCAA